UGACAAACUUGACAGCAAAAGAAAAUUCAUCAGACAAGUAAACAACUCACGACUUUUAAUUUACUUCUAGUAUCGUGAAUAAUAACUUGUACCUACCUAACGGGAGUUGGAAGCACAGAAGGGAAAUAAAACUUGGUAUCAACCAUUUAGAUUUUAUAAGCAAUGGGGGAGGAAGACGAAUACGCGUGUGUCAACAGAGCACAGUUAAAAAUCAAGGACAAUUCUGGAAUAAAGAAGAAAAAGAAGAAGAAAUCAAGUAACAAAGAAACUGAGAAAAUAAUCGAGAAUGAAGUGAAGCAACAAAUCAAACAACAAGCCAACAUUGAAACCAAGACCAAAGCUGAAUUGGCAUUCCAGAAGAUGCAGGAGAAAAUGAAGAAGCAAAGAAUCCAACAAAAAGCGGAGAUGACACAUAAACAGAGGGUUGAGAAGUUCAAUCAACACCUUGACAGUCUUACGGAGCACUUCGAUAUACCCAAAGUAUCUUGGACUAAGUAAAUCAUAUUUAUUUUGUUAACUUUAUAUUGUAAGGUAUAAAUUUGUAAUAAAUAUUACUUAUAAAAAUAUAACUCAAAAAAUCCAAAUAAGUUGUUUGUAUGAAAUCAAUAUUAUAAAAUACUAAUACUGUGGAAUCUCCAUAACUUGAACCUCGUUAAGUCAAAAUCCUUAGUAAGUCGACAAAAUUGCCAUUCUUUUCCGCUGAAUACCUAAAUACGCUGCAUCUUGAAUUAUUUAUACUUUGUAACUCGAACAAAAUGUUAUUUCCCUACAAAGUAUUGAUGAUACAUAUUUUUACUAACUCUAAUUUCAAAAAGGAAUUUGGGGUUUGUUGCUUCUAAUCUAUUGUUUUUGUUUCGUACACGUGCAACAAAUGAAUACAUUCAUGAAACUUUCUAAGUAAAACAGAAAUCGCGCCUCUGUAAGUUGAAAUUUCAGCAGUUAAGUCAUAUGUAUCUCGAAGUUCUUGUUAAGUCGAAAACUUGUUAACUCGAAUUUUUUUGCAUUUCCCUUGACAUUCGAGUUAUAGAGAUUCCACUGUACAAGCAUAACUAUUAUAUAAAGAACAUAACUAGAGAAAAAUCAGUGUUUAAUACUCAACAUUAAUGAAUUACUUCAAUAAUGCUCAAUAAAAUCUCUUGUUUUACAAUAAA